CAAUUCAACCGAUUCUCCGCAGUGCUGAAAGAGCAGAGUGAAGUGAAGAAGGAGGAGGAAAGAGGAGAGAGAGGGGGAGAGCAAAGGGAGGAGGAGGAGGAGAAGAAGAAGAAGGAGAGGGGAGACACGAGAGAAAGAGAGAGAGGGGGAGUGAGAGCAGCAGAGAGAGUGAGAGAUAAGGGGGAGAAACUGUAAAUUUGGUCUCCGGGCUUCCAGAGCGCGCACAUCUCGGCUGCAGCGUCCGACCAGCUCCAGCUCUGCAGGAUGAGUUCGUUCAGCACCAGGGCUCUCACGCUGCUCUCCUCCGUUUUCGGGGCCUGUGGUUUGUUGCUGGUGGGCGUCGCCGUGUCGACCGACUACUGGCUGCUGAUGGAGGAAGGAAUCAUCCUGCAGCAGAACCAGACCACCGAGGUCAAGAUGGCGCUGCACUCCGGCCUGUGGAGAGUCUGCUUCGUGGCAGGACCUGAGAAGGGCAGAUGUGUCGCUUCAGAGUAUUUCACGGAGCCAGAGAUAGAGAUCACGACAGAAAAUACGGCCAACAUCCUCAAAAUGGUUCGAACGGCCACUCCCUUCCCUAUGGUCUCCCUCCUGUUCGUCUUCACCGCCUUCGUCAUCAGCAACAUCGGACACAUCCGUCCACAGCGCACCAUCCUCGCCUUCGUUUCCGGGAUAUUCUUCAUACUGUCAGGCCUCAGUCUGGUUGUGGGUCUGGUUUUGUACAUCUCCAGCAUCAACGACGAGGUGAUGAACCGACCCCGAGAGCCCGAGCAGUUCUUCCACUACCGCUACGGCUGGUCCUUCGCCUUCGCCGCCUCCUCCUUCCUGCUCAAAGAGGGUGCAGGCGUGAUGUCCGUCUACCUCUUCAUGAAACGUUACGCCGAGGAGGAGCUCUACCGGCCCCACCCGGCCCUCUACCGCCCCCGCAUGUCCGACUGCAGCGACUACAGCGGCCAGUUCCUCCACCCGGACUCCUGGCCUCCGCCUCAGAGGGGUCGCAGCGCCUCCGACGUCUCCUCCGACAUCUCCAUCCAGCUCAACCAGACUCCACCUCAGCAGCAGCAGCAGCAGCCUCCCAAGGGGGGCAGCAGCUCCCAGGCGACCCCGUCCUCCUCCGGGCCGUCCUCCGCCGCCAGCUACCAGCUCCAGCCGGCCUCCUCCUCCUCCACCUCCUCCUCCUAUCCGCACCCCCUUCACCCGGGCGCCACCUCCACCCUAACCAGGGUGUCCCACGCCCACGGCCACCCUCAGUCCCACCACCACCACCCCCACCCCCACCCGAGCGGGCCCCCACCUCAGUCCAUGCCGAUGGCGGCUCCACCCUCCGCCGUGCCUCCCCCACGCUACCACACGCACAUGCGGAUGAGCGCCUCGCCGUGCUAGGCUGCAGGGAGAGGGAAAAACAGAGGGGCGUGGGGGUUAGAUUACAGCUCUUUAGACACACCACACGACAAAACACACACAAAAAUCCUCAAAGUGCGUGGGAGGAGGGCUGCGGCAGAGUAGCUGAGGGAAGGAGGUUUAAGGAGAUCACAAAAAAAAAGGAAGAAAGAGGAGGAAAGAAAAAGAGGGGGAGGAGGAGGAGAUGACUCACUGCCGAUGCCGAGCCCGAGACAAAGACAGACACUUAACAAAACUUUUAACACCCUGGUAGGAAACAUGGGAGUGGAGGAGAGAGGGAUACGAUGGUUAGUAGCAACAAGACGUUUGAGAGCUUCCUGGCGGGUGCGUUCAUCAUCAUCAGGUAACAGAGUGGAGCAGCGCGGGAAACACGAUCCGUUGGCUUUUCCUCAGCCAGCGGCAUCAGACACACUCCUUCUUCUGUCCUGGAACCUUUUUGUAACUUCAUGAACACGGUUGGGAAAGGUCCAUUACAUUAA